UUAAUGUACGUGUCACAGACUAGACUUCUGCGAAAACAAACUACGCCGUGUAGGGUGAAACUGAAACUGCAAGGCUGUUUCUACAGUUUCUUUGCGACUCGACUGUGAGCAUUGUUUAUCUUGCUGUCUACAUGAGUACAUCGCGCUGACACUGACAACGUUUGUUUUUUAUUCACGCGAUUUCCAAUCAUCUGGAGCUCGUUGGUUCAGCAUUUUGAUGUCCGCUUGUAACGGUCGUCCUGGAUGGCUCCCAUGAAGGAUCUGGACGGUGUUUGGGGAAAGCCAACAUCAACCCUAGAUUGGUGUGAAGUCAACUACGUUGUCACCCCGUACAUUGCAGAAUUCUGGAACACGGUGAGUAGCUUGGUGCUUGUAUUCAUUCCAGUCCUGGAUUUGGUGUACACCAAGCUGACUGCACCUAAAUGGGUCCACAUGGAGUGGCGUAACUACAUGGCAUGCUUGGCCUUUAUCUCUGUUGGUCUGGGUUCUUUGUUGUUUCACAUGUCGCUGCUCUAUGAAUCACAGCUUUUGGAUGAAUUACCAAUGAUAUGGGGUACAUGUGUCCUUGUGUAUUUAUUCUUUGAGAAUAAUUCCAAGCCCAGCAGUCAGAGCUAUGCCCUGGUGUUGUUCCUGAUCCUAUACUCCUCUGCUGUUACUGCUAUCUACAUCCUAGUCAUCAAUCCCAUCUUCCAUCAGAUAGCCUUCAUGUUUCUGGUAACGGCAGCUUUUGGAAGAGGCGCAUACUGUUUCUUCUACCUAAAGAUGGAUUGCUCCCCAGUACUGUUCUUCCUGUCCGUGCUUCUGUUUUUCUGUGGGGGUGUGUUGUGGCUGCUUGACAAUGGGCUUUGUACGCACCUCAGGCAUAUCCGUUCAGUGGUCCCUGCCCCGCUGGGCGCCGGGCUGCAACUCCAUGCAUGGUGGCAUGUCUUAGCUGGGCUGGGUGCCCACUGCCAGUUCAUGUUCAGCUACCAGUCACGCCUGCGGUAUUUGAAGCAUCACACCACUGAAUGGGUUGGUUGGUUUCCACUUGUCACUAUUGGUGGCAAGGAAAAUGGACACAUCAACUAAGCUAGCAUUGACAAACUUCGCCCCUACUCCAAAAGUGGUAAUGGUCCAGUGGGAAUGAACAGCCAAUGGGAGAGCUCUCCUUGGCAUGAUCUACUGUCUGAGGGGUGAGCACACAUACAUUUAUGAAUGUUCUGGCAUAAUGACAUAUAUUUGAAUGCCAUGGCUCACAAAGACCGUACAAGAUUUCGCACAGGAUUUUUCUGUGACUGCAGAGGGAUUUCUAUAACUAAUUUGGAAAUAUUUAGUAGUUUUGAAAUUUCACAAUGUAGAUGUAAAAUGUGUGUACAUGUUCAUGUAUAUGAUACAUUUAUAGUUACAGAUAUAGUGUACCAGAUUGACGUGCCUUGCAUGGUCCCCAUCAGAAAAUACCUUGAAUUGUCUCCAUACUUUAGGGAUUGUCUGAAUGAAAUGUUCUAAAUUGAAAGUGAAAAAUGUGGGUGCACCUGAGUCCAUUGAUUUACCACGGCACAUUCUUUAAAAUGUUGGCAUGAACCUAGCUUGGCAGGGAUUCACAGUGGUGUCCUUAGGCAGGACAAGUUGUCACAAUUGAUGUCUUUCCUAUCCAAGGAGUGGAUAUGUACAGGUUUCUGGGAGGGCAAAUGUGUUUCUUGACAUUUAAUUCCGUGGACUUUCAGCUGCGUGAAUCUGCCUAACCUUUUGCGGCACAGGUAGUGCUGCAUUCUCCUUACAUAAAACACAAAUGGGGCAUCCAGUCUAAUGUAAAGAAAUGGUGGCUGGGCUCCACAGCACUGAUUCUAUCACAGUACUGUCAUACCAAGUGUCACCUGUCAGGUGGGUCACCUGUUGGUGGUUGGGAAUCGUUGAUGAAGCCAUAAAAAAAAAUGGCUGAUGAGCUCCUUACCCCCACUCCAAGAGAGUGGAAGAUUUCAGGAAUAUGACCCACUGACCAGUUUUCCUGUGUAAAAUUUUUUAUAACAUUAUUGUCACCAUAAUGAAAUCAAGUGAAUCGGACAACUAUUGAUGCAUCUCAAACAGUGCAAUCCAUUGAAGAAUCAAGAAUGUCGUGUGCA